AUGGAACACCUACCGGCUCCGCCGCCACCCUCCCAGAACCCUAAUCUUUCCGAACAGGGAAGGGGCAACAACGAAGUUGAGGCCGAGGGUGAUGAACGUGAAUAUUCUUGUAAUUAUUGUGAAAAGAAAUUUAGGAGCAAGCAGGCUUUGGGAGGGCACCAAAAUGCCCACAAACUCGAACGGGCUAUUGAGAGGAAUGCUCGAAACUUUCAGCAAGCCCCAUUUGGGGUUAAUCCCGGCCCGACAAUGCAGCCGAUUCCUAACAUGGCCCAACCAUUUAUUCCCCGGGUGACACUGCCGCCUCCGCCGCUACCACCACCGGGAUACAAUAUUCUCUUUUCUGGGUCACACACUGUGAGCAGAAGUAUUAACCCUUUUUUGGGACUGGGUUCUUCUUCUCGAGUGGACCCUCAGUUGUUUAUAAGCCCUCACGCUUUUACCAGUGGACCCAGCAGCAGCACAAUUGUGGCUCGUCAGGGUGGCGAGUUUUCCCCUGCUGUACCAGGUAAUGAUGGUGCAGAUUACUCCGAGACAAACCAUUCUGGCUUAGAUUUGACUCUAAAGUUAUGA